CGUUCUUAUAGAAACACAUUUAACCUAUCAAAGUAAACAACCAUUUCAGGGUUCUUUCUCAUUUUGCACCAACUUGGGUUAUCCUCAGCUUACCAAAUCUUCAAUAAAUAAAACAUGUCACCUGCACUAUCAUUCUCCCUUUCCCGUGUUCCCAUCUGCAAAUUCCAGGCCUUCUCGAAAGAUACCCACCUCACAAGAAUUGGUAACAAAGACGACCCAUCUCAUAAAACAUCCUUGGAUAUCAAACUUAGUAAAAGAAAGCUACUAUGUGCCACUGCUUCAGGACUUUUAAGUGUUGCUUCUCAGUCAGCUAAAGCUGAGCCAGAUAUUCCAAUAGCAUCAACGUCAAGUAGAAUAUCAUAUUCAAGAUUCUUGCAAUACUUGGAUGAAGGUGCUGUCAGGAAAGUAGACUUGUUUGAGAAUGGGACUAUGGCGAUUGCUGAGAUAUUCAAUCCAACCCUUGACAAGAUUCAGAGAGUGAAAAUACAAUUACCAGGAUUGCCACAUGAGUUGUUGAGGAAAAUGGAGGAGAAGAAUGUAGAUUUUGCUGCGCAUCCAAUGGAAUUUAAUUGGGCUCCUGCUUUAAUCGACUUGUUAGGGAACUUUGCCUUCCCAUUGAUUCUGCUUGGCAGUUUGCUGUUAAGAUCAUCAUCUACAAACACUCCUGGUGGUCCAAAUUUACCGUUUGGACUUGGCAGGAGCAAAGCCAAAUUCCAAAUGGAGCCGAACACAGGAGUAACAUUUGAUGAUGUCGCUGGCGUUGAUGAAGCGAAGCAAGACUUUCAAGAAAUUGUUGACUUCUUGAAAACACCAGAGAAGUUUUCUGCAGUAGGGGCAAGAAUUCCAAAAGGAGUUCUAUUAGUUGGACCUCCUGGGACUGGAAAGACAUUACUUGCCAAGGCAAUAGCUGGAGAAGCAGGGGUUCCUUUCUUCUCGCUUUCAGGAUCGGAGUUUAUUGAGAUGUUUGUGGGUGUAGGGGCUUCAAGAGUCAGGGAUUUAUUCAACAAGGCAAAGGUAAACUCACCAUGUUUGGUUUUUAUCGAUGAAAUUGAUGCUGUUGGGAGGCAGAGAGGGACAGGCAUUGGUGGAGGAAAUGAUGAGAGGGAACAAACAUUAAAUCAGUUGCUUACUGAAAUGGAUGGUUUUAGUGGUGAUAGUGGAGUUAUUAUUAUUGCUGCUACGAAUCGACCUGAAAUUCUUGAUUCUGCUUUGCUUAGGCCAGGGAGAUUUGACAGGCAGGUUACUGUUGGACUACCAGAUAUUAGAGGAAGAGAAGAGAUACUGAAUGUUCAUAGCAAAAGCAAGAAGCUUGACAAGGAUGUUUCUCUCAGUGUCAUUGCUAUGAGGACUCCAGGAUUCAGUGGAGCAGACUUGGCAAAUCUCAUGAAUGAAGCUGCCAUUCUUGCUGGAAGGAGAGGCAAAGACAGGAUCAGCCUGAAAGAAAUUGAUGAUUCAAUUGAUAGAAUCGUAGCAGGCAUGGAAGGAACCAAGAUGACAGAUGGAAAAAGCAAAAUCCUGGUUGCUUAUCACGAAAUUGGGCACGCAGUUUGUGCGACAUUGACUCCUGGCCACGAUCCAGUUCAAAAAGUGACACUGAUUCCACGAGGCCAAGCUCGCGGAUUAACAUGGUUCACACCUGGAGAAGAUCCUACUCUCAUCUCCAAACAACAACUUUUUGCUAGAAUAGUUGGAGGACUUGGAGGGAGAGCAGCAGAGGAAAUAAUCUUCGGAGAAUCAGAAAUCACUACUGGUGCAGCAGGAGACCUUCAACAGGUUACUGAAAUUGCUAAACAGAUGGUAACAAUAUUUGGCAUGUCUGAAAUCGGUCCAUGGGCACUGACUGAUCCAGCAGUUCAAAGCACUGAUGUUGUGCUAAGGAUGCUGGCUAGAAAUUCCAUGUCAGAAAAACUUGCACAGGAUAUUGAUACAUCGAUUCGAGACAUAAUAGAGAGAGCCCACGAGAUUGCUAAAGAACAUGUAAGGAAUAAUAGGGAUGCAAUUGAUAAGCUAGUGGAUAUUCUACUUGAGAAGGAAACUUUGACAGGGGAUGAGUUCAGGGCAAUCCUGUCAGAAUUUACGGAUAUUUCUGGAGCUCAAGUAGAAAGAACUCCUGUACGUGAAUUGAUCAAUACCUAGGCGACCCCAUAAACAUGUACAGUAGUUUUACAACUUUUAAACAGCUACACUGUAACAUACAAUUGUAAGAGGUGAGGCUAGAUAAGAGCAAUAUACUUGUAUAAAUUAUCUAAUAUGAAAAUUGUGGCACGCGAAA